AUGGAGAUAGCUGGGGUUGAUGAUAGUACAUUUAAAAUUCUUGUUUUUACAGACACACAUGCGGGAUAUAAAGAAAGAGAUGGGAUAAGAAGCAAUGACUCACUAGUUACAUUGGAAGAAAUUUUAAUUGUUGGAAAAAAGCUCAAUGUCGAUCUUAUUUUACACAGUGGAGAUUUAUUUGACGUUGCAAAACCUUCUAAAUACAUAAUGUAUAAGGUAAUGAAUAUAAUUCGCCGGUAUUGUAUGGGGAAUAAAAAAAUAAAGUUUAGAGCUCUGAAUCGGAGAGAUUUAUCAAAUAUUAAUGGCUACAAUUGGGAGAUUGGCGACGCAAAUGUAUCAAUUCCAUUUUUUGGAAUACAUGGAAAUCAUGAUGAUCCUGGAGAAGAAGGACUUCUUUCCCCACUUGAUAUACUUGAAUCUGCAAGAUUUAUUAACUAUAUAGGGAAAAAUAGCAAUGUAGAUAAUAUUGAGGUUUCCCCAGUUUUACUUGAAAAAGGGAGCACACGAUUAGCAAUAUAUGGAAUCGGAAAUAUUAGGGACGAAAGGCUUUAUAGGUCAUUUGAAAGGAAUAAAGUUAAAUUUCUAAUUCCUGAUAAUAACGAUUCCGAGUGGUUUUCUAUAUUACUUUUCCACCAAAACAGGAGAAAAGGUAAUUUUGGAGGGACUUUGUCAAAAGAUUCAAUUCCAGAAUCAUUUUUACCAGAUUUCCUUGAUUUAAUCAUUUGGGGCCACGAACAUGAGUGCAUAGUAGACCCUGUGGAGGUUGCUAAUAAGAACUUUUUCGUACUUCAACCGGGAUCUUCAAUUGCUACAUCUCUUAUUGCAUCUGAAAGUUUGCAGAAGCAUGUAGUACUAUUGGAAGUCAAAAAUAACACAUUUAAAACAACUCCUAUUCCUUUAAUCUCACCAAGGAUCUUUUUGUAUGAUCACGUGGUUUUAGACAAAAAUAUAACUCAGGUUGAGGAACAUUUAGUUGCGAGAAUCAAUGAACUGAUUGAAAUGGCAAAAGUUGAACACAUGGAAAAGAACAAAUUGAAUUUGCCUCAAAUUCCGGAGGUACAAGAGGUCAUAAAGAAUAAUUCGAUGGAGCUGCCUAUCCUCAGACUUAGAGUUGAAUAUGAAUGUGAUUCACAGUUAAUUAAUUCUAAAAGGUUUGGAUUUCAGUUUGUUGGGAAAACAGCAAAUCCACAUGAGAUUUUAAUGUUUACAAGGCGCAAUAGAAACAAUGUUAAGGAUCUUGAACAAGAAGAUUCAAUUGGUUUGAAUUCGAGAAUGGGCUCAAUUUCAUUCAGUACUGAUGAUAGUAAUAUGAUAGAAAGUUUAACAAUUUACUAUACAGAAAAACUAAACGGAUUAGAAAUUAUAAGUAUAAACGACUUUAAUAGGGCAAUAGACAUGUUUGUCAAUAAGUUUGAUAGCCAUUCUAUUGAAAACUGCAUUAUUAACGCAAUUUCAAAAUCUAAUUCAUUUUACAAAAACAAUAAAGGGCUCGAAAUCAACGAAAUUUUGCAAAAGGUUAAAGAAAAUAAUAAAUUCUGCAAGAAUGAAUUGAGCAGUAAUAAAAUUGACUCACUAAUGUCUGAAGAGUUUUCUGACUUAUUCAGUGAGGGAGAGAUUUCUGAUUCUUCCGAUUGUAUUAAACAAAGCAAGAGAUCACGUGAAAACAAAAAUACUACUAACCGGAGGAAAUCCGUGAAGAAGGGUAGCAUUGAUGGAAUCUCAGAUGGUGAAUGGAAUUGA